AUGAACCCAACCAAAACCCCAGGCCAGCAUAAUGGACUUUCUGGGCAAAAUGGCCCCCAAGCUGGUGGUGAGAAAUCAGAUAUUAGAGUUAUCUCUGCCAAUGGGGACCUGAUUCUCGAGUACAUCGCUCCCGCUGACUCUUCAUCGUCACCCACCAAGCACAAAUGGCGGGUGGCAAGUGAGCUUCUUAUCAGUCACAGUCCAUAUUUCCAAGCCUUACUGGACCCCACCAAGUUCUCUGAGGGAAGGCAAUUCAGUGCCCAAAAGCAAGCCUGGAAUGAAACGCAAAUACCAGAUUCAGUCUCGCACCAUGCGCUACCGACAGUCAGGCUUCCCGGUGUCCAAUCUACUAGCAUGUGCGGAGGAGAUGCCAUCGAGUUAUUUUUGAAGAUCAUAUGUCUGGAUUCUUUCGAUGAAGCUGAAAGAGUUGUGUUUGAAAAUGACUUGAAGACCCAGUCUACAUCGCUUGUUGCGAGGAUGAUCGACCUUGCAGAUUCAUUGAAUUCUCCUCGUGCUGUUCAAGAUGUUCUACAGAAGAUUGGAUAUUUAUAUGGCAAGACAAAGCCUGCGCUCCUUGCUAGGUUUAAUUCAACCUUGUUGUCAAUGAAGGAAGAUCGGAUUCGACAGAUCAUCUUCAUAUCCGCCUUCCUUGAUGAUUCAAGACUCACUAGAAUCAUGACCCAUGCGUUGCUGGUUGUGGGCUCCAGAUACUGGAUAAACGGGCUAGAUGGCCCCGAGGAAGAAUCUUUGCGCUGGAAAUAUCUACCAAAUGGCUUAGAAGAGGAAGUCUAUCGUCGACGUCAGUAUGUUUUGAACACCAUAACCGACCUACAGGCUCAUUUCCUCCGAGUCUAUGGCGGUCUGGAAGAAACCGACAUCGCAAGGUCCGCAGCCAACAGCAGAACAUUGGGCGCAGCUUUCACCGCAUCUGCACAUUCGCUUCUUCAAUCUCGUCAAUUCCAAUGCCGAGGCGGAUUCAACAACGCCAGCCAAUGCGACCUCUUCCAACUCGGCCAGAUGAUCCGAUUUUUCUCAAUAUGCGCCAGAACAAUCUUCCUGGGAUCGACAUUGAUAGACCCGGAUUUCGACUCAACUUCCAACGAUGGCGAUCACAUAGCUGGCGAAUCCCAACCACCAGGCCCACCGUCUGAUAUUACGGUCAUCAUCGCCUCUAUCAAACAGUAUCCCGAUUAUUCAAUCGACGAAGCCCACACCGGGUGCGGCGUGCGCCGUCGAAUCAUGCCUGCUUUGGAGUGCAUCGAGAAGUUUGUCUGGGAUGACCGUGGUCUUCUGGGUAUCACCCCAGCCUCGGAAACUACAGUUUCAGACCCAUCUCGACCCUCGAAAUGGACGCGGUGGGCAGACUUCACGCGAAAGAAACACGCGGUCGAUAUCUCUUUUGCCAGAGUCACGGCCGUGUACUACCCUUCAGCACCGUCGAAAAACCAAGUCACCCGUUCGACGCCACAAGAAGAACUUGCACGGUUAUUGUUUACUGCUGCGCGAAGGGAUUGGAGUGCGGCAGGCUCAGGCUAA